UUUAUUAGUUUUAGUCGUUCUCCCAUCUCGGUCGUAGUUAACUUAUAGUGCAUGUCAACAGAACAAUAUGAUGCUGUAUAUUUAUUCAGUAUAUUUCAAUUUUCAUAUCUAGUAACUUGAAAUAAACGGGAUUGAUUGCAAGACGAAACAAAUGGAAAUCCAUUUUAUCUUCCAAAAGCUUUCAAAUUUUGACGUAAGAUGAAAACGAAUUCGAUCACUUUCAAGGAAAAUUGUCCAGUGGCGCAUUUUUUAUAACCUUAUUUAGUUAUUACAAUAAACUUUAUUGCUAUGUGGGGUUGAACUACACAGAAUUAAUAAGCAUUAGUACGGUACAAUCUUACCCGACGUUCGAGACAUUUGAUGCUGUGACGUGACGUGACGUGACUACGCAAGUGCGGCACCCCUAGGUUCUCCACAUCUCUGACUAGUUCUUCACAAAGUCUUCCAUCGAUCAAACAGUUUGUUGUGGGCCCACACUCUGCUCUAGAGAAAGGAGUUACGGCUCACCGCAACGCGUAAUGAACUCACACUCGCUGCGCACAUCCUCUUCCUAUGAAGUCUCAGGAGGCAAUGACGACGACAUGCGCGUGGGGGUGCAAAUUGUGGACAACUCGCGCAGUUUCUUGCAUGACCGUUCCAAAGUCUCUGGCUUCGGUGACGUCAUGGGAAGAAUGGCGGCUACACCCACAGCAGACGGCAGCAGCUCGGACGACCAGGCGCGCUGUCUGCUGAACCGCUUCCUGGGGGCGCAGGUGCUGCUCACCGGCGUCGAGUCCAUGAUGGCUAACGGUCCUGGUGAAGCCAGGACGAGCCAGACGGUAACGACCAAACUCUCGUCGUCGUCCAGUAACGCGCGACGUUCCCCCAAGAACGCCCCCGUCAAGGAGGCUGCAGGGGAGACUGUGCUGGUGAACGGUGUGGACAUCAGCAGUGAACAGGACGAACAGAAGCUUAAGAGUUUG